AUGAAACGUAAAUAUACACAAGGAUAUCGCGAUGAAUGGGAGCAAGAUCCCUUAUUAAAAAGUUGGUUAUGUAAAUCUAAGAUUGAUACGAUUUUCAAAACAUCAACCAUUUCGGAAGAAGUAAAAAAAGCAGAAAUCAGCAUUGUAGCUGCCUUAGUUGAACAUAAUAUUCCUUUUCGCGUAAUGGAUCAUGUAAGAGAAGUUAUUUCAAGGGCAUUUCACGACUCCGAAAUCGCAAAACGUUUUUCCUGUAGAAGAACUAAAUCUGCCGCAAUUGCCUACAACGUCUUAGGCAAUAACUUCGAGGAAAAAAUGCUUGCAGAAUUACGUCCAAGACCAGAAAAUGAAACUGAGAGAAGCCCAGUAUUUUCGCUCAUUAUCGACGAGAGCACAGAUGUCAGUACUACCAAGGUACUUGCAGUAGCAGUAAAGUACUACUCUGAAAAAUUGCAAUCUCCACAAACAAAAUUUUUGUGUAUGGUGGACUUAAAAGGUGAUACUGCGCAAGAUUUGUUUGAUAGUUUAACAUGUGCCUUAUCUGAAAAAAACCUUAUUAUAGCUAAUUUAAUAGGGUUCGCUGCUGAUACCACGAAUUCAAUAGAUCCAAGUUCAAGAAUGCAUUUCCUUCCUAUACAAAACAUGUACCUGGGCACAAACGUAGCAAUGACAUUGGAAUCAUUAAAAGAUGAUGUCCGAAUGAGAUCUAAAAUUGAGGAAUUCCUUAACAGAUCACCAUAUUACACCAUAGAUAUUGUUGAAACACAACAGCUAAACGAUAUGCACGAUUCUUCUCAAGAAGUAUUGGGUGCAAAAGAAGAUUCUGUGCAUCAACUUCAACAAGUUAAAGGUUCCAAAAGAAGGAUUUCACCUCUUCUGGUAUCUGACAUCACACCGAAAAAAAAAAUUUGUUUAACUGAAACAAUAAAGAAAAAUAUAAAUAGCAUCAGUGAUUCAAUAAUAAAAAGAAAAAACCAGAAGCAAAUGAAUGAAGAUACCAUAACAACGAAAAAAUUAGAAAUAUUGGAGGUUCAACUUCAAAAUGAACAUAUGAAAUUAGAAAAAAACAAAAUUUUGAUGGAUCUUGAUAUUGAGUUAAAGCGGAAUCUUUUAGAAAAUUCAAAAACGGACUUAGAAUUAAAAAAAGAAUCUUUUAGAAAAUUCAAAAAUGGACUUAGAAUUAAAAAAGAAGAAUUUUAA